CUUGAUCAUGCUAAUGCCAACAAUGUAGAGACUCAAAAAACUAUUCAAAAGUACCAACUGCAGGUAAGAGAUGUUCAAGCUAAGUUUGAAGAAGAAUCUCAUGCAAAAAUCAUUGCACAAGAUAAUCUAGUAACUGCCGAGAGGAAAGCUAAUGCAAACAAGAAUGCUUUGGAGGAAGCUCGAACUUUACUAGAACAAACUGAUAGAACUAGAAGGAUGUUGGAACAGGAUCACUCUGAUUCCAAUGAACAGUUGUCUGAGAUGGUGGUAUCUAACCAAGCAAUCACUGCCUCAAAAAGGAAGAUGGAGCAAGAGAUGGCAACCCUUCAAAAUGAUCUUGAUGAAAUGGGUCAUGAAGUAAUGAUGUCUGAGGAGAAAGCUUGUAAAGCUAUGAUUGAUGCUGCAAGGUUGGCAGAUGAGCUGCGUGCAGAACAGGAGUUUGCUAUGGCAGUAGAGAGAGAUAGAAAACUGCUGGAAGCCCAGGUAAAAGAUUUGAGCAGCAAAUGUGACGAGGCAGAAACAAACGCUCUCAAGGGAGGAAAGAAAGCUAUUGCCAAAAUGGACACAAGGAUUAGAGAACUAGAGAGUGAGCUUGAUGCUGAGAACAGGAGGUAUGGAGAUGCACAGAAGAAUCUAAGGAGAAGUGAAAGAAGGGUGAAGGAACUAAUUUUCCAGCAGGAUGAAGACAGAAAGAAUCACGAAAGAAUGCAAGCACUUGUGGAUCAGCUUCAGUCCAAGAUUAAGAGCUACAAGAAGCAGAUUGAAGAAGCUGAAGAGAUUGCUGCUCUCAAUCUGGCCAAAUUCAGACAAGUCCAAGGAAAUGCUGCAGAGUCAAUGGAGCGUGCUGACCUGAAUGAGCAGGUGCUGGCUAGGAUGAAGGUCAGAGGAAGAAGCAGCUCUAUUGGUCCGGCCUAAUUUUUCUCAUGUCGUUGUUGUUGCUGGAUAAAUGGCUCAGCGAGAAAAGGACAAGAUAAAAGAAUCUCUCAUUAGUAAUAUGUUUAGAUUUAAUUAUGUAGAUUUAACUGCUUAAUAAAACUUGUUGUCAUCAAUUUUA